CUCCAUCUCACACCGUGUUCAAACAUUUCCCUCCACUCGCGUGUGGCUUGCAACGAGUCCAGUGACUCUAAAUUCCGGCAGCAGUAGGCGAGAUGCGUUCAUUCCCUUGCGAGACGUACGCGCGUACAGGUCGGACAAAAGCACGAUCGCGAUUGUGAAGUGAGUGUUGAAUGGUGUAACAAAAAGCAAGAAAACUGUGAUAAAACAAAAACGUUUGUGUUGGUUGUGGUUGUGUAUUGUGUGAUAUCCAAGUUUCGAUCAUUUAAGGAAAAGAUCAUUUUUCUGGGAGAUUCUUCAGAUCUCUCUGCUACGUACGUGAUCUCAACCAAUCGAGACCGAAUAAUAACAGUUUCGACAAAGUGUACAAACAGCCAAUUUACGGCAGUGACGAACAUCGAAAACACCAGACGUAAAGUGCUCAAAGUCUUUCGGCAGAUUCAUCCAGAACCGGAUACAAUGGGCGUCAUUGGCGUACCACGGUGGACGAAGAUCGGUGUCUGUCUGCUGGGACUGCUCGUUUGUCGACUGACAUGCGUGGAGGCUCAGGUUCCUGGAUUUGGAAAAUGUCCCAAAGUACCUGUGGAGGAGAAUUUUGAUACCUAUGCAUAUCUUGGCCGCUGGUACGAGCAGGAAAAAUAUCCGUUUUUCUUCGAACUGGGCGGGAAAUGCAUAACGGCUGAUUAUUCGCUCAAUCCGGACGGUACGAUAGGGGUGCUGAACACGCAGAAAAACUCACUAACGGGAAAUGAUAACAGCAUUAGUGGAUCAGCAAGAAUCGUGCAGUCUGCAAAACUGGCAGUUAAGUUCCCAAGCGCACCUUUUAACGUCGAAGCGCCGUACUGGGUUUUGGGUACCGAUUACAAAACGUUUGCUGUCGUGUAUGCCUGUUCCGAUCUUCGUGGCUUCAUUAAUGCAAAGGUAGCAUGGAUUUUGACCCGCAAACGACAUCCAGACAUUGAAACGAUGAAGAAGGCGUACGCUGUGCUGGAUAGUGCAAAGAUCUCCCGUGCGUAUUUGACUCGAACAGAUCAGAAAAACUGUGGUGAAGAGCUAGUAAAGGUCAGUAAAGGUAUAUACAAAACGGCGGUCGUCAAGGGUUGAGCUUUGCAAUAUGCUGGAGAAGCAUUUGGACAGAACGAUGUCGAAAUGUAAAUGAUACGCUCGUCGUCAUCGUGAUUAUGUAGUAUUAUUUCAAACUAUAAUGUAAGUAAAUAUAUGAGUUAAGUAAC